CGGUAGACGGUCUGCGUCGUCUAGUACUACCAACGUCAGCUUACGCCCGGCACAUUUCCAAGCCCCAUAUUCUGACCGACAGGGUUGCUCCUGCAGCUGCAACUCCGGGACUCCACGCGAUUGCCGUCCGAGGAUGCACAGCGUACGGGCGGGACAAAAAGGAAGCUCAACACACAUAUACCCGCCGCAAUAACCAAGUACGUCUGAGACUGUGGCAGCGGCUUCUCGAUCAAAAUCAUAUACAACACUUGAAAAAUGCCUUCCGCUAUCUCGCCUCCCUCGCCAUCCCAGCAGACCAAACAAGGCCUGCUCCUCGUCCAACCUCGCCUCCGCGACGUCACUCCAUCUAACGCCAGUACGUUCUUCCGCUGGACCAAACUCCAUUUCAGAGACUUGCUCAACGUACCCGAUACCGGUUCCGGUCAAGUCACACAUGCUCUGCGUUUCUGCGCUCCAGAGAGUGAUGACCAGUACACGCAUAAUGAGAAAGAGGGAUCUUUACCAAAGUACAUGUACACUUGUGUCGUGUCUGACAUCGGACACUUGAAGGCAGAUGGCUACAACGGCGUUAGUCGGAAACUGAAUUUGGAAAAGACGAGAGAUCUGGAGAAGGGGGAGGAGGGUGUGGGGUUCCGGGAGGAUGGUGAGGGUGGAGCAAUGGUGUUCGAUAUUGUGGAUGCCAAAUUCGCAGUGUAUGAAGAGAUGGGAUCGCCGGCAAUGGAGCCAUCGUUUCAAAUGUUACCGACACAUCUCACUACGAAAAGUGGUAAAGGGCCGAAAUCUGUCAUGGUCGCUGUGCAUGUAGAUCUCCCACAAGCCACUACGACGAUCGAUGUCGAUACAGUCCCCAAGGCCCUUCAAUCCUCCCUAUUCACCCUCGUCAAAGCCGCCGUGCCUCCGGCUCUCAAGCCAUACUCUUCAUUGUACCGAUGGUCUGGCGAAGACGCGCAACCCGAGCAUCAUCCGUUGAUCAGUAAAGACGGGCGUGGAGAGUGGAUGGUAUUACUUUUGUUGGUUGACGAGGAAGGGAAGACGUUAAUUAGAGAACAUGCCGUUAUGUUGGUACAGGGGUGGGUUAAUGAGGAGAGGGGAAAACUGGAUGGGGGGAAGAUUGAGUUUGGGGUUUGGGAGGGUGAAGUUCUUAUGAAAUAGAUCUGUAUCUGGUCUUCUUUUGCCUGGAUUUUGUUCAGACGUCCACAA